AGAGAUGCUGCCGCUGCUGCUGCCGCUGCCCCUGCUGUGGGCAGGUGAGUGGCCCCGGGGAGAGGGCCCGUAGGGAUGAGCCCAUCUGACCCUCAUGUCUCCACAGGGGCCCUUGCUCAGGAUGCAAGAUUCUGGCUGGAGAUGCCAGAGUCCGUGACAGUGCAGGAGGGUCUGUGCAUCUUUGUGCACUGUUCAGUCUUCUACCUCGAGUACGGCUGGAAAGAUUCUACCCCUGCUUAUGGCUACUGGUUCCGGGAAGGGGUCAGUGUAGACCAGGAGACUCCAGUGGCCACAAACAACUCAACUCAAAAAGUGCAGAAGGAGACCCAGGGCCGAUUCCACUUCCUCGGUGAUCCCUCAAGGAACAACUGCUCCCUGAGCAUCAGAGACGCCAGGAGGAGGGACAAUGGUUCAUACUUCUUUCAGGUGGUGAGAGGAAGAAUAAAAUUUAGUUACAAAUAUUCCCAGCUCUCUGUGCAUGUAACAGCCCUGACCCACAGGCCCGACAUCCUCAUCCCGGAGUUCCUAAAGUCUGGCCAUCCCAGCAAUCUGACCUGCUCUGUGCCCUGGGCCUGUGAGCAGGGAACGCCCCCCAUCUUCUCCUGGAUGUCAGCUGUCCCCACCUCCCUGGGCCCCAGGACCCUCCACUCCUCAGUGCUCACGAUCAUCCCACGGCCCCAGGACCACGGCACCAACCUCACCUGUCAGGUGAUGUUCCCCGGAGCUGGUGUGACCACGGAGAGAACCAUACAGCUCAGUGUCUCUUAUCCUCUAAUGAACCCAGUGACUGAAGCCUCCCUGGAAGACGGCACAGGGAAAUCAGGAACCGUGGCAGAGGUGGUUGUUUUGGCCAUGGGAGUAGUGGCUGUGAAGAUCCUGCUUCUCUGCCCCUGCCUCAUCAUCCUCAGUGUCAGUUUCCUCAAGAAGAAGGCGGUGAGGGCAGUGGAGGUUGAGGAGAAUGUAUACGCUGUCAUGGGUUAAUCUCUCAGGCCUCCAGACUGUGCUUCCAGAUGUCUCCUCAUCCAGUUCCUCCACAGUCUGAAUGGCCAUGUUUCCUCUUCAUUGCUGGAGAAUGAAGUGCAAAUGCCACCGCCUGGACUGAAGGCCUUUCACAAUCUGUCUUCCGCUGGACUCUGCUCCUGAUCCCCCUUCUCCUUGCAUCACCCAAAGUCUCCCCACACCCACCAGGCCAAGCCCUCUUUGAUUCUGAGACUUCGCAUGUGUAGUUGCUUCUCCUGAAAUGGCCUUCCUCCCCAUUCCUGCCAAUCCAGGUCCUUAUCAUCCUUCAGGUUGUCUUAAAUGUCACCCACGUGUGUGUAUUUUUGUGUAAUUCUUGUAUGAUAUUAAGCGGAGAUGUGGCAUUUGUUCAUUAAUUUGUAGACAUAUUCAGUAACUAUAGUGAAUAUAUAUAAUUACUAUGUGCCAGCAUUUCCGUAUGUGCAAGAAGUUCAUCAAUAGAUAUAGACUCAAAGAUCUCUGUCAUCUAGCUGUUGUUCUGAAGAGCAGAAGGAUACAAAUAAAAAGAAAUAAGUAAAAUA